AUGGCCGCCGGCGCCGGGGCGACAGGCCUUGCUUCCGGAUCGGGCGUCGUGCGUGACCCAUCGGCGUCACAGCCGAGGAAGCGGUCCGGCGGCGAGGGCGCGCGGCGAUCGGACACGAUGGCGGGAGGAGGCGGGAGCAGCGACGGCAACGGGCGAUCAUCAGGCCGACGGGCAUCCCGCAGCGGCGGGCGGGCCCGACGGGGGCGCCACGAGCUGGGGCUGGGGGGCGCCGCGGAGCGGGGCGCGGGGGAGGCGAGGCUGGAGGCGGCGGUCAACCGCUGGGUGCUCAAGUUCUACUUCCACGAGGCUUUGCGGGCCUUUCGGGGUAGCCGGUACGGGGACUUCAGGCAGAUCCGGGACAUCAUGCAGGCUUUGCUUGUGAGGCCCUUGGGGAAGGAGCAUACGGUGUCCCGGCUGCUGCGGGUUAUGCAGUGUCUGUCGCGCAUUGAAGAAGGGGAAAAUUUAGACUGUUCCUUUGAUAUGGAGGCUGAGCUCACACCCCUGGAAUCAGCUAUUAAUGUGCUGGAGAUGAUUAAAACGGAAUUUACACUGACAGAGGCAGUGAUCGAAUCCAGUAGAAAACUGGUCAAGGAGGCUGCUGUCAUUAUUUGUAUCAAAAACAAAGAAUUUGAAAAGGCUUCAAAAAUUUUGAAAAAACAUAUGUCCAAGGACCCCACAACUCAGAAACUGAGAAAUGACCUCCUGAAUAUUAUCCGUGAAAAGAACGUGGCUCACCCUGUGAUCCAGAACUUCUCCUACGAGAUCUUCCAGCAGAAGAUGCUGCGCUUUCUGGAGAGCCACCUGGAUCACUCGGAGCCCUACCUCCUCACGAUGGCCAAAAAGGCUUUGAAAUCUGAGUCUCCUGCCUCAAGCACAGUGAAGGAAGAUAAGCAGCCAGUACCAGAGUCUAUGGAAAAGCCGCUCAGAGAACCCACCAGGCAGCAACAGAAUCCUCCAACCACCAUUGGGAUUAUGACUUUGAAAGCAGCUUUCAAGGCCCUGUCCACUGCCAAGGAUUCUGAGGCAGCCUUCUUAAAACUAGACCAGAAGGAUCUGGUACUUCCUCAUCAAGCACCCCUACCAUCCGCAGGCCUCAAAAACAAGAGACCGAGAAAAGAUGAAGAAAGUUCAGCCCCUGCUGAGGUUGAGGGUGGCUCUGAACUGCAGCCCAAGGCCAAGCGCAUGACAAUAAGCAGAUUGGUUUUGGAGGAGGACAGCCAGAGUUCAGAGCCAACCACUGGCUUCAACAACACCCAGGAGGUCGUUCCGGCGUCACUAUCCAAGGCCACCGCUCUCAACCAGCCUCUCUCCAGGGAGAAGAAUCUCAAACUACCCAGAGGCAAGUGGAACAACUCUAAUGGGAUUGAAGAAAAAGAUACUUGGAUGGAAGAGGACGAAUUAUUUCAAGUUCAGGCAGCACCAGGAGAAGAGAGUAUAACCAGCAUAACAAAAAAACAGAAAUGGACUGUGGAAGAAAGCGAAUGGAUCAAGUCUGGAGUGCAGAAAUAUGGAGAAGGAAACUGGGCUGCCAUUUCUAAAAAUUACCCAUUUGUUAAUCGAACAGCUGUGAUGAUUAAGGAUCGCUGGCGGACCAUGAAAAAACUUGGCAUGAACUGAAACAGGCUCUUGUUUCCACAGCAUUAACAGGAGCAUGGUUCCUAA